AUGGACCAACUCCCCAUCUCCUCCUCCCUCAACCCGCAACACAACAAUGACACCUUUUUGCGCCGCGCUUCACCCUUCGCGACUCAGAAAACAUUCCGGACGACCUUCUACACCGCAACCUACUCUGCGCCACCACCCAAUACACUUUCCUCCUUCAAUAUUACACACUCCUCCUCAAUAUACGCACCAUCCACCCUACACGCUUCAUCUGCCUAUCCUUUUUCUAUUUCAUCUCUUCGUCCUCCCUAA